UCUUCCCAGAGCUGCUGAUGGAUCCGCCGUCGUCGUCUGGGACUGGGAGCAUCGCCAGGUGAGGUCUUGCUCGGGAAAUCGGGAAAUCUCAUAGAUUCGGGUAUGAGCUCAAUGCUGGGGGCGUGGAUGCCAAGCGCCUCGCUGGAGCACAGCUGCCGAGGGAGAUCCGGGUAAAAUAUAUCUGGAUGCGUCUCUCGCACCUUUUGAUCCAUUCUGUUGGUCUACCGAGGCGAUUCGUGGAGGAAGUGUGAAGCACAUCAGUUUGACGAUGACGAUGUGCGCUUCUGGCAAUGGUGGAUCAGUUGGACAGCUGCGGGAGACGCUCAUUAGUUCUCUCCACCCGGUUCUUCGGGUUGCUGCGAGAACACAGCCAUCUUCUUGGGAUCUCAUCACAAUGCGUUCUCGGGACGUUCCUAAACAAAUCCUGGAAAACAAAGCGCCUGCAUGGUAUGUUUGUGAUCCACAAGGGAUCAGUCGUGUGUCUCAUGACUUUUAUGACGUCUAGCCGGGAGGCUACCGAUGUUGUAUGGAAUGGCGACAAGUGUGUGGACGUGCACUUGUACGACAGCUUCAUGCGCUUUCAAGCUUGGACGAGAGACCUUGCUCUAUGCUACGAUCUGCCUGGCAUUUCGAAGAGGGUGGGGAAUUAAAGAGAGCUUUGCAAUGCCUCGUCACGCUAAGCAAUAGCAAAACUCUUGGAACAAAAGAUGCCGCCGAUGCCACCACUCAAUCUCAGAUCUCAACUGAAGCGCUAAAGAAGCUGGCAGUGACUGCUGCUGUCGAAGGUGCUCUGGAUCCUACCGUUCUUCGGGCACAUGUUUCUCUGAGCCUUGCUGCACACGGAGAGAUGACCCGUUUAACGGCAAGCUUUUCACUUCUUUUCGUUUUUGUUUUUGCUAGAGAUCUGCUAAUGCGGUCGGGAAGCAGCCAUUGCAGCCGCACUUCUAGGAGAUCCUGCUAUAUCAGAAAGGUCAUGGCAAGGGACUGGCAUGAUCGCAGAAGCGACACUUCACGCAUAUGCUCACGGAAGUCUUUCGUUGAAAUCACUGCUUCAGCGCUGGAGAUACACCCGACCAAAUUCUCCAUGGAGAAGGAAGCGGACCUGGCAGAGGAUGGCAGCAAUUGAGAUUGUUCCGCCUCGUCUCGUGGCUUCGACACAGCAAAAGAAAGCAGCAGCAUCAACCACGCUACCUCCGGUUCUCAUGUUGGAGGCUCCUCCUCCUCUCCGUGCUCCACUGGCGCUUGCAAGUUAAAGGUCCUGUAUCACAGAAGCAGGGAAUCGACGGCAGGAACCAGUUGUCCAAGUUUUCGAGGUGUCCCUUCAUCUUUGGUUCCAAGGUUUUUUCCUUACCUGCUGGAGCAUACCUCUAGCUUGGUUUCACCAGCUUUGUCCUCCGUCCUCUGGGACGCGUCCGAAGCCGAGUCCUUGGCCUGCUCCAUCAUUUCCUGAGCAGUGCCUUUCAUAUCCUGCACAGCAAUACUCUCGGGAUGAAACAAAAA